AUGUCGUUUGGCAGAAUAACGAGUCGGUUUUCCAGGACCGUGUUGACUCAGUGCCGCAGCUCGCAACGCCUCUGCGCUCGCCAUGACCAGAUGUACUUUCGGAUUAGCUCGAAUCAAUUCCUCUCCCCCCCGGGCUCUCAGGAAAAGGUGUCUCUGCUAGGUCAGUCAACUCUAAAUUCAUCCACCUUUCAGUGGUUUGGAUUCUCAUCAUCUGCAUCCCCACAUUCCAAUGAGAAGGAAAAUGCUGAAUCUGAAAACAAACAAGAAAAUAAGAGAGAUGACAGUGCUAAUGCUGCUGCUGUCGAUGUUCCUGAUCAGUCAGAGGCAUCUGUUUCGGACAAGAGAGAUGAAUCAGAUUCGGAUUCGGAGAAUGACCUUUCAAGAGAUGACCUGAUGAAACUUCUUGCUGAGAAGGAAGAACUUCUGAAAGUCAAGCAGAUGGAGCAUGAGCAAAUGAAGGAUAAGGUUCUGAGGACUCUUGCGGAGAUGGAGAAUGUGAAGGACCGUACUAAACGUGAAGCAGACAAUGCUAAGAAAUUCGCCAUUCAGAAUUUUGCAAAGAGCCUUUUGGAUGUGGUGGAUAACUUGGGUAGGGCUUCAUCUGCUGCAAAAGAGAGCUUUUCGAAGAUCGAAACUUCCAAUGAUGCUGCUGCAGCCGUUUCACAACUUAAAACACUUCUCGAAGGUGUUGAAAUGACUGAAAAACAACUAAUAGAGGCAUUCAAAAAGUUUGGAGUAGAGAAAUAUGAUGUUAUGAAUGAAGAAUUUGAUCCGAACAGGCAUAAUGCUGUUUUCCAAGUACCAGAUGCUUCAAAGCCAGCAAACCAUGUCGCAGUUGUUCUAAAGGCUGGAUACAUGCUCCAUGACCGAGUUAUACGGCCUGCCGAAGUUGGUGUGACGGUAGCAGUCGACAAUGUGGAUGCAGAUAAAGGAUCUGAAGGCUGA